GGAUAAUACUGAUGCAGUUCCAGAAAGUCCAGAAAGAAUGUCAGUCUGCAACUAUUAUCGAAACCUGUGGUGGGAUAAGGGAGAAUUUAAUGAAAAAGUGAGAUGGGAUGAAGUAACCCUGCCGUAUGUACUUGCUACGGGUAUCACCCUAGAAGAUUAUGAAGAACUUGUUAUUGGUGCAGUUACUAGGAUGUUAUUGUACCAAUGCAAUGCCGUUGCCUUUACCAAUGCUGAGAUUUAUAGCUUUGGAACACGUGAUGAAAACCGUGGAAAAGAAGCAGAUUGUAUUAUUGUAAAAAUUGAUCCUGCCCUCCAAGGUCAAGUGCCAGUUCGGAUGAGGGCUUGGCAUUAUUGUAUAGAAGAUAGAAGGACAAGAAAUACAAUUCCAUAUAAAACUUCGUUUGAAUUCGGUACACAAGAUGGCACAGGAGCUCCAUUAAGUAUUUUGCAAGGUCAAUGCAUCAUUAACAUAUCAUUACGCUGUCUUUACCAUGAUUUAAAGCCACCUGCCCGAAUCCCUCAAAAUCUUAAUGAUCCUAUCCAACUGGACUUUUACUUUGCUCAACAUGCAAUCAUUCAAGCAUAUAAUAUUCAUUAG